AUGCCAGGAUUGCUAACGAAUCACAACAGGGACGACCUACGGGCUUCCCAACACCUCCUCACACAGCUGGAGGGCGCCUCGCCGCCAGACCCCGAGGUGUCGACGGCGCUCAACCUGCUCAAGAUCGACCUCCUGAUGCGCCAGGGCGACUACGACGACGCCCUGUCGACCGUCGACCAGGUCGCGCAGUCCAUGCACCAGGACAGCUUCGACAUAGCCACCCAGAUCAGCCUCCUUAUCGCCAAGGCCCGCAUCUUCGACAAGACAGGCCAGCCCGAGCGAGGCUUCUCGCUGGCCAUGCGCGCCGCCAAAAUCGCCCACCGCUCGCGACUGCUGCACAGCCUAUGGGACGCCGUCGCCGCGCUGUGCGUCAUCCUGAUGAGCUUCCGCGAGUUCUCAGCCGCACUCGACCUGCUGGAGAGCGUGAUGCCGCAGGUCCUGGAGUGCGAAGACCGUGCGCUCGCAGGACGGAUGUAUGCCUGUCUGGCCGACGCGAGCAUGGGGCUGGCGGGCGAGAGUAGCAGUCGCAGGGACUCCGGCCGCAAGAAGGAGUUUCUCGCCCGCGCCCUCGAGUUUAUCGACUGCGCCUUUGCCGAGUUCUCGUCCAUCGAGGAGGUCAGGGGCCAGUGUGAGAUGAUGGGCAAGAAGGCAACCAUCAUGCACCUGCAGGGCGACCUGGUCCUCGCCAACGACUUUGCAGCCAAGUAUCUCGACCUCAAGCGCCAGGCCAUCUCCGAGCGGUUGUAA